AUUGGCGCUUUAGCCGGAAACUUUCAGAGGUCAGAGGAGCUGGAGUUCAAUGUGACAUUUUCGAGCGGUUACUUAUGUUAUAGAAGAAUACGAAUGUUUCUCACUUCCGUAAACUUUGCCAAGAGCAAAUCUAAGACUUUGCUGGUUCAGAUGGUGAGUGCAGCUGGCACAGGUUUCUCUUUUAACACGAAGAGGGGCCGAUUGAGGGACAAACUGGUUUUGCGAAAGCAUGACCCCAUAGUGAACAAACAUGUUCUGUUCAUUGAGAAGAGGAAAAUACGAUCUCUUUAAAAAUGGAAGAAUCUCUUUUGACACAGACACUGAGAAAACUUUUUGACACGGACCCUUUUUUCAAGCAUUAUUGGCGUAAAACAACUGCCACAGUGUGAUGAUCAACAUCCAGCAUAUGCAAGUGUCACUAAACAACUAUGAAGGAAGAAGAUUUACAUCAAAGUAAAGACCCUGCAUCGCUGCAGCUGUGGAUGACUGGUCUAAUUGAGACCAGAAAUGAGCUGUACAUCCUGUCAGGAUAAUGUGCUGUUAAGGCCAUUACAAUAAGUGUAUUAUUUUGGAUUUGUUUGGUUCUUUUGUUUUCUUUUUUGUACCAUGUCAGAAUUUUGACCUACUGCAAACAAUGAACCACCUACUCAAUGACA